CAUAAAGCAAGGAACAGACAUAGAUUUAAUCGAUCACAAUCGAGAAGAGCCGACAAUUUCAACUUUGGGAAUAAUUGUUAACAUCGACCGAGAAACACCAGCCACAUGAUGACGGGGGAAAUGCUGUUUCUAUCGGCGGUGCUUGUCGUUGCUUUCACGGUCGCUAAUUCGUUUACGGUCGACUCGUCGGAUUCAGCAGUGAUGUUCCUGAACUACUAUGGGUACUUGGUGAGACAACCCUCCGUGGAUGGCUCAGUAAACACAGAGGAAGACAUGACGAAAGCGAUUUGCAAUUUCCAACACAUGGCAAAUCUAGAAGUUACAUGUGAACUCGACAAUGCGACGAUGGAGAAGAUGAACGAGCCUCGCUGUGGAAUGCCCGAUGUCGUCGGCCACAACUUCGAUGCCAAAAGAAAGAGACGAUUCGCUCUGGGGUCGAGGUGGCCAACGACAGACUUAACAUUCCGGAUAGACAACCGUACCCCUGACAUACCAAAUCCUGAUGACGUCGACGAUACUCUUAUAGCUGCUCUGCAGGUCUGGGCUGACGUCACGCCCCUCACCUUUACACGAGUAUUCGGUGACACGCCCGCUGAUAUCAUCAUCACGUUCGACCAGACCGACCACCGGGACGGCAAUCCGUUCGACGGGCCUAGGGGCGUCCUGGCCCAUGCGUUCUUCCCACAGUCCGGAAACGCUCAUUUCGACGAAGCUGAGAGGUGGACAAUCAACACAAAUGACGGAAUCAAUCUUUUUCAAGUAGCUGCCCACGAGUUCGGUCACAGCUUGGGUCUCGGUCAUUCCGACAUUGAGGAAGCGUUGAUGGCGCCCUUCUACCGUGGAUACGUUCCGGACUUUGAACUCCAUUCGGACGAUAUUGCUGGAAUUCAAGCUCAUUAUGGUGUAAACUCAGGAGCUCCAGAUGCUACUGUAGAAACCAACCCAGCAACGCCCCAAGGCGGCCAGUGCACAGGAAGAGUAGAUAGUGUUACGACGUCACAGGACAGAAGCACAUAUAUUUUUGAAGGAAGCAACGUGUGGAAAAUUGAGUUUAACGCCAAUCAAAUAGCGGCUGGCUUUCCAAAAACCAUAUCUUCAACCUUCAGUGGUCUUCCUGAUUAUAUUGAUGCUGCACUUUACAACCAAGCGGACGGUACUAACCACUAUUUUAAGGGAAGCCAAUAUUGGCAGUUCCAGAAUGAAGUGAUGGACCCAGGCUUCCCCCAGGAUAUUAGCACUGGCUACCCCGGCCUACCAGACGAUCUCGACGCUGCAUUUGCCUGGAGUGGUAAUGGCAGAUUUUACUUCAUCAAAGGUGACCAGUACUACCGAUUCUCAGACGACGGUGUCGACGCCGGAUACCCGCGAGCGUUAAGCGUAUGGAAUAUCCCCGGUAACCAAGUCAGCGCUGCAGUGCAGGGUACCAACUCUCGCACGUAUUUCUUCACCCCGGAUGGGGUGUACUACAGGUUUAAUGACCAGCAGUUCAAUGUAGCUGCCGGGUACCCGCGGGAUACGGCCGAGAAUUGGCAGGGAUGUCCGAGUGCGAUCCGGGCAACCCCUGACGACGGAGACAACGGGGUCAAAGGUCACCUACCAAGCCUCGUCGCUCUGGUGAUCUCUAGUCUGGGGGCGUUCGUUUUACAAAACUACUAAACAAAAGUUAUGAGAUGACAACGGGUCGCAUUUGUCUUGUUCCCUGACUACCAAUGGCUAUGUAAAUGUUAUACUUUUAAUGGAUAUACUCAAGAUUUACCGGGUCGACACAUGCGUA